AUGGUUUGUGGUCCAGGUUGUAGUGGAUUUUGUGCAGCAAUCUCACUUUGGGGAAUUAUAUUUCUUGCUAUUAUUGGUGGAUUAUUUUGGAAUCAAUCUGUAGGCCUUUUUGAAGAUAUACCAAGUUUAUCUAAACAUGAUUGGGGAAAAUCACCAGAAGAAAUUGAUAAAUUGAUUAUUGAUAAUUAUCAACAAGCUGCUAAAAAUUGUUGGAUUGCCAUGGGAGUUUCUGUUGCUGUUUUCAUUCUUUCUGUACUUCGUUUUAUGCAAACUAUUAAAAGAAAUUAA